AUCAAAACAUAAAACGCGUAUUAUCAAAUGUACCGUUUUCCUCUUCGAUUAAUAUGCAAAAACAUUAAGCAUAACUAACUUGACGUAAUCGACGCUUUAUCAUUUCUUGGAAUGAAACACAAUUUAAAACUUCUGAUAAACUACAAAGGUCUUGAAGUUAUCUACGUGUCGAGACCACUAAAGUAUCAGUAAAAGGAAAUAUUUUGACGAGUUAAGUGAACGGCAGCUUGUAAAUUUCAACCAUGAAGUGUUCCGUUUUUAUUUUGUGUUGUGCCGUUUUAAUAUUGAAUGACGCUGGUCCGGUCAAUGCUGGAGUAAACGGUUUCGUCAAUAAUCUCCGACGAGGAAUUAGCCAAGCUGAACAAGAUUUAUCGGAUAGAUUGAUUUUCCGAGACGAUGAUAACGACCAAUAUAACUACAAUAAUGCCGUGAAUCGACCAGUUUAUCCAACUGAAAGUGGUGUGUCUGGUUCAGUGCAACGUGGCGUAGUGGAAUUUGUUACCCAGCCCACUAUCGUGCCUACUCCAACAUCAGCAGGCAAAACAACAACAGAAAAGGAAGGAAGAGAAAAUUUUGUAGGAGGCUGUGCUACAGGCUUUAAGAGAACUGCUGAUGGCAGAUGUAAACCUACCUUUUGAGACCCAAGCAGUUAAAUUUUUUGUCUUGUAAUUUCGUUUUAUUUCGUUCCGGUGUUGUCUUAUGUAAAAUUUCGAUUUAAUGAUUAAAACAAAAUUAAA